AUGGAGAACAGGCGCGAGAAUGGAGGGUCUCUGGGGGAUCCAAUUGAUCGGGUCGACGAGUCGUCUAAGAGCGGAUGGUAUUUGUUUCUGCUUACGCUGUCUAUUGGGGGAUUACAGGUUGUUUGGUCUGUGGAGUUGUCUAAUGGAUCGCCCUACCUUCUCUCUCUUGGAAUGAGCAAGUCGCUUCUCGCCUUUGUUUGGAUUGCUGGGCCUUUGACGGGUACAUUGGUGCAGCCUUAUAUCGGCAUUCGAAGCGAUAAUUGCCGCUUGCCGUGGGGUAAGAGGAAGCCGUUCAUGGUUGUUGGAAGCGCCGCGACGGUCGUAUCUUUACUCGCGCUUGCGUGGGUAAAGGAGAUCGUUGGUGGAUUUUUAUCCAUAUUUGGUGUCGAUCCAGCAUCGAACGGGACUAGAAUUGUGGUUAUUAUAAUGGCUACGAUCAUUAUGUAUUGUCUUGAUUUUGCUGUUAAUACCGUGCAAGCUGGCAUUCGUGCUUUCAUCGUGGACAAUUGUCCCGCCCACCAACAGGAGCUUGCCAACGCUUGGGCUAGCCGGUUGACUGGCGUUGGCAACAUCCUGGGGUACAUUUUCGGGUAUUUGGACUUGCCCAAGACGUUACCGUUUUUGGGGAAUACUCAGUUCAAGGUUCUGUGCGCAAUUGCCUCUGUAUCACUCAUCGGCACGCUAGCUCUGAGCUGUUUCUAUAUUCAAGAGCGAGAUCCCAGACUCGAUGGACCGCCACCUUCCGACGGGCUUGGUCUCGUCUCCUUCUUUAAGCAAACAUUCAAGUCCAUCCGCAAUCUACCACCACAAAUCGCUCGAGUUUGCGAGGUGCAAGUUGCCGCAUGGGUGGGCUGGUUUCCAUUCCUCUUUUACUCCACAACCUACAUCGGUCAACUUUAUGUCAACCCGAUUUUCGCAGAACAUCCUGACCUUCCGGAAGAUGAGAUCGAUAAGACGUGGGAGGACGCAACGCGGAUUGGAACAUUCGCGCUUCUCAUGUACGCCAUUAUCUCAUUUAGUGCCAACAUCCUCCUCCCGCUAUUUGUCGUUCCCACAUAUGAUCAAAUGGAGCCCAUUGCACAGCGUGAAGAAGAAAAUCAAUCGGAUGAGGAAGAGGAACCUGCCCCGCGGCGGUUAUCAAUCUCAAGCAUGCCGACAAGCACUGCGGAGGAGCACCUUCUUGGCACAUCCUUCGGCAAGCGUGUCGAUCCCGCGAACCCGACGUGGCUUUCACGCUUACAGAUACCGGGAUUGACCCUUCGUCGAACCUGGCUUCUCUCUCAUAUUCUAUUCGCACUCUGCAUGUUCAGCACAUUUUUCAUCUCCUAUUAUCCGGCGGGGUCUGUUGCCAUCGGAUUCGUUGGCAUCUCGUGGGCUGUUACAUUAUGGGCGCCCUUCGCGUUGAUCUCCGCUGAGGUAUCUCGCAUCGAGGUUCAGCGUCGGUUGAAUCGCCGUAGGGCUGCGCACACAGAGGGCGGGGCCUCACGGCACAAUACUUCUUCCGGAUCUUACGCACCGGUGUCCGUCGAAGACGAGCAUGAAAAUGAAAACUCCGGUGUCGGCGAGAGUGAUGUUGAACAAGGCCCCAAGCGCGACGACGAGAAUCUCAUACAAGCCGGUAUCGUCCUCGGCAUCCACAAUGUGGCCGUUUCCUUCCCGCAGAUCUUCUCCAGUCUUGCCUGCAGCGCCAUUUUCAAAGCGGCUCAGAAACCUCGUGGGGCACCUUGGGAUGAUAGCGUGGGCUGGGUCCUACGAUUCGGUGGGUGUGCUGCAUUGGCCGCAGCAUGGCUCACCAAGAGAUUAUCCGAGGGGUCUCCCCGAACUUGA